GUGGUUUCCGGGGGCAGAUAAAUUCCGCGCACGCGCGUGUGAGCGAAAUAAACGUGUUUGUGCGAAGCUUCAGCAACAGAAGCGUUUAGCUCGUUCAUAUUAGAUCUGACGGAUAUUACGGUUUUUACACAGAUAUGCGCUCUGAGUGACAUCAUGAAGAAGAAGAAGCAGUUUGUAAAGAGUAGUGAUGGUGGAGAUGCUGGAGAUUAUACAGUCGGUCAGGUGUCCAGCAGCCUGUUCCCAGAAAAACACAAAACCGGAGCUUUAUCAUCUUUAUUCUCCUCCACAUCAUCUGCAAAUACUUUAGUCUUUGUUCCUGCACCGAAGACUGAGUCUAAUGUCACACCAGCACCGUCUGAUAACGCUGAUGUCAAAGGACAGCGUCAGAUUCAGAAACAGAAAUCGAAGGAGACUUCAAAGACGCUCUCGGUGGCUGAGAAGAAGCUACAGGACAGAGAGAGCGCUCUACAGAAUGCAGAUGAUGAAGGACAAACGAGUGCAAAGAAAGUCAAACGCAAACGUCCAGAUGCAACAGAUGCAACGACUCAAGAGGAGAGGCUUGUUAAACACAGAAAGGCAGUAAAGAACAUGGCAGAGGAGCGAAUCAAAUUGAAACGUACGGUGUUUGUGGGGAACCUGCCUCCGAGCUGCACAAAGAAGAUGCUUUUGUCUCUGUUCAAGCAGGCUGGAGACAUCGAGUCGGUCCGCUUCCGUUCAGUGGUGCAAGAAGACCCAACUAUGUCCCGUAAAGUGGCGGCCAUCCAGAGGAAAGUUCAUCCAAAAAAACAGAAUAUUAACGCUUACAUCGUCUUCAAAGAGGACGAAGCAGCUGCUGGCGCUCUGAAUUGGAAUGGGCAGGAGAUUCAGCCGGGUUUUUAUAUCCGAGUGGACCGCGUCUCUCAGCGCAGUGGCCAUGAUCAUAAAAGGUCCAUAUUUGUGGGAAAUUUACCGUACGGUGAGUAACAGUCUUCCCUGCGUGAACACUUCGAGGAGUGUGGGAACGUGGAGGCGGUGCGUUUGGUGCGAGACAGAGAGUCUGGGAUGGGGAAGGGCUUCGGCUACGUCUUGUUUGAGAGCCCAGAUUCGGUGAUGCUGGCACUGAAACUGGACGGCUCCAGAUUACUAGAUCGAAACAUCAGAGUGAAACGAUCCGUGAAGAAGGAGAAAGAAAAGAAAACCCCUCCAGGCCGUCCUUCAAGAUUCAAAGGGUCAAAGCAAGAAAUCAGAAAUAAGACGGGAGGAAAGAACUUUAAGACAAAUCCUGGCAACAAACAAACACCAGCUUCAUCGUUCAAAGGAGAGAUGGCAGAUCCUACUGCCAAACGAGGCAAAGGACUGAAAAAGAAAUUUAAGCACAAGAAAAAGAAACCAAAUGUUCAUAUUUAAUGCAUGUACUUAUGUUUUUACAAGUUUGGUGUUCUUAUGUCACAAGUAAAAAGGUGAUUAAACA